CUUCCGGCUCCGGUUCCGCCAUUUUGCCGUGAGACAGCAGGGAGCUGCGCUCUGGAGAUGUUGUCCACCACCGGUUAUGCGAACUCUGGGCCUGAGAUGGGCUACGAGCUCGGCGCGCCCGUGCAGUACCGCUUCUCGCCCUACACCUUUAACGGAGGGACUGUAUUGGCGAUUGCUGGAGAAGACUUUUCUAUUGUGGCUUCUGACACACGACUGAGUGAAGGUUAUGCAAUUCACUGCCGGGACAGUCCAAAAUGCUACAAACUAACAGAACAAACGGUCAUUGGAUGCAGUGGUUUCCAUGGUGACUGCCUUACCCUUACUAAAAUUAUUGAAGCAAGAUUGAAGAUGUACAAACAUUCCAAUAACAAGACCAUGACGACUGGGGCUAUCGCAGCAAUGCUGUCUACAAUUCUGUAUUCUCGACGUUUCUUUCCUUACUAUGUUUACAACAUAAUUGGUGGACUUGAUGAAGAAGGGAAAGGAGCAGUAUAUAGCUUUGACCCAGUGGGCUCAUACCAGAGAGAUUCUUUCAAAGCAGGUGGAUCAGCAAGUGCCAUGCUGCAACCAUUGCUUGAUAACCAGAUUGGCUUCAAGAACAUGCAAAAUGUGGAACAUGUACCUCUGACCCUGGAAAAGGCUUUGCAGCUGGUUAAAGAUGUCUUUAUUUCUGCUGCCGAGAGAGAUGUGUACACUGGUGAUGCACUUAAGAUUUGCAUUGUCACAAAAGAUGGAAUUAAAGAGGAAACUGUCCAAUUACGAAAAGACUAAUCCAGUUCACUUAUAAACAUGUAAUCUACGAUGUACAAUUUACCUGUAUUAUGAAGGCAUUUGUCUCAUUAAAUUUUUUCAAGAAGUUCAA